AUGCAGAAGAUAAAAGCAUAUGUAGGCACACAUUGUAGACACAAGGGUAGAUUUCUAACCAUUGAUGCGCUACGAAGGGAGCUUGUACUCAGUGUUGGAAGCGAUAGAACGCAGUUAUUUAAGGUGCCUGAGAAGAGAAUAUUAAUCUUCCGUGCUCCUGCACCGAGUCUUGAAUGCGGCUGUUUCAUUAGUAACGGUGAGUUUUUGUCUGGUUCGGAUAAUGGAUGUAUAGCGCGUUGGAGUAUCUUAGAAAGGAAACCAGUUUCCAUGGUUCAGGAUGCGCACGCCGUGAUAGCUGAUGGAUUGAACGCCAAUGGAAACUUAGCAUGUUCUUGGGUCAGUUCAGUUGCUGUCUGUAGGCGUAGCGAUCUUGCUGCAUCGGGAGCUGGUAAUGGUUGUGUACGUUUAUGGGGUGUCGAAAGCGAAUCUAGAGAUAUACGACCUUUAUACGAGCUUCCACUUUUUGGGUUUGUGAACUCUUUAGCUUUUGCAAAAUCUGGUCGGUUUCUAAUCGCCGGUGUUGAACAGGAACCGCGGCUCGGAAAAUGGGGCCGCUUAAAAUCUGUGCAGAACGGUGUUGCAAUACAUCCACUAAGGCUUUCAUGA